AGCAGGUCCAGUACCGCGGCCUAAGGACAUUGCGGCCCACCGCUCCCGGAGGCCGCUGCCGGCGCGUCCCCUGACCCGGAGCCCGGCGCCCGCCCGCCUCCGGCCCCGCCCGUCUGUCCAGCCGCUUCCCUAUUGGCAGCUCGGCUCGGGCCUGAGCCCCCGGCGGGGUAAUUAACGGAGGAUUAAUGAUAUCCCCAAAGUCAACAGAAAAAUCGAUGGGCGGCUGCCCGAGCGGCGGCUGCGCAGUCCCGCUGGGCGAGGGCGUCGGGGGCAUCGGUCGGGGCGCUGCGGCCUCGCCCAGGCUGACGGUCAGCGCUGCGCCCGCAGUCGGUGGUCAGCGGGCGGCGAUGCCUGCCGAGGCCUCAGUGCCUGCUGUGGUUGCACCAGUGGCCUCUGCAGAAGCCCAGGAGAACCUGGUGGACAUGGCGGCUGAGAAGACAGGGGCCCCCACCCGAGCCGGGCAGAGGUCCUGGCUGGUGCGGCAUGUCUCACUGUUACUGCGGCGGGACCGGCAGGCCCAGAAGGCUGGGCAGCUCUUCUCGGGGCUUCUGGCCCUCAAUGUGGUCUUCCUGGGCAGCGCCUUCAUCUGCAGCUCCAUCUCCAACAACGUGGCCAUCACGCUGGGCGACGUGCGGGUCCUGCUGGCGGUGCUGAAGACCCUCUCCCUCCUCUGGCUCCUCUACUACGUGCUGGGCACCACCCGCCGGCCACACGCCGUGCUCUACCGGGACCCUCACGCGGGAUCCAUUUGGGUGCGGGGCUCCCUGCUGCUCUUCGGCAGCUUCACCAUCUGCCUCAACAUCUUCCGCAUGGGCUACGACCUGAGCCACCUGUACUGCAACUCGAAGCUGGAGCUCAUCUUCCCCGCCAUCGAGAUUGUCUUCAUUGGCAUCCAGACCUGGGUGCUCUGGAAACACUGUAAGGACUGUAUUCAGGCCCAGGGCAACUUCACUAGGUGUGGCCUGAUGCUGACCCUGGCCACCAACCUGCUGAUGUGGGUUUUGGCUGUCACCAAUGACUCCCUGCACCGCACGAUCGAGGUGGAGCUCAGUGGCCUCACGGACAAAUUCUCAGGCAACACCUGCCUGUGCCUCAACGCCACGGUGUGCCAGGUCUUCCAGAAGGGCUACCUGAUGCUCUACCCCUUCGGCACCGAGUACUGCCUCAUCUGCUGCGCCGUGCUUUUUGUCAUGUGGAAGAACGUGGGCCGCCGCCUGGCACCCCACGCAAGCGCCCACCCGGGCACCCCACCCUUCCACCUGCUCGGAGCCAUCCCCGGGCUGCUGCUGGGCCUGCUGGCCCUGGUGGCAGGCACGUGUGUGUUCGUGAUCUUCCAGGUCGAAGCCAGUGGCCCUACCAUCGCUCCUCAGUAUUUCAUCCUUUACUAUGCCUUCUACACGGCCCUGCUACCCGCCAUGAGCCUGGCGUGCCUGGCAGGCACGGCCAUCCACGGGCUGGAGGAGCGAGAACUGGACACGCUCAAGAACCCCACCCGCAGCCUGGAUGUGAUGCUGCUCAUGGGGGCCGCGCUGGGCCAGGUGGGCAUUGCCUACUUCUCCAUCGUGGCCAUCGUGGCCAUGCGCCCCCACGAGCUGCUCAACUGCCUGGUCCUGGCCUCCUCGCUGCUGCUCAUCCUGCAACACGUGGUCCAGAACCUCUUCAUCAUUGAGGGCCUGCACCGGCGCCCGCUCUGGGAGGCGGCUCCUGAGGCGGGGCCACACUGCAGGGGCCCCCCGCCGGAGCUGGGUGGGGGCCUGCAGCCGGCCUCGAGGGCCUCCGUCCACUCCGGCGGCCACCUCAACUGGAAGCGGCGGGCGCUCAAGGAGCUAUCCCUCUUCCUCAUCCUCUGCAACGUCACGCUGUGGAUGAUGCCUGCGUUUGGCAUACACCCCGAGUUUCAGAACGGCCUGGAGAAGGACUUCUAUGGCUACCAGACGUGGUUCACCAUCGUCAACUUUGGCCUGCCCCUGGGGGUCUUCUACCGCAUGCACUCUGUCGGGGGGCUCGUGGAGGUUUACUUGGGGGCCUGA